AUGAGGAAAUCAAAUUCGCCGGCCAAAAAAUUAGCUGUAACUUUGAGAUAUCUUGUAACUGGCAAGUCCUUAAGAUCCCUAUCAUUUGCAUUUCCUAUUAACAAAAAACAUAUUUGCAUUCGAAGACCGGGUAACUUAGUAUCAUUAUUCUACAAUUACAAAGACUUUUUUUCCAUUAUUCUUCUGGCGAUGGUGGAUUCAAAUUAUAAAUUGAUUGCUGUUGAAGUUGGGUCCUUUGGCAAAGAAGAAGAUAGUGGAAUAACUUUGAAAUCCAAUAUGGGACAGCAAGUUUUAAAUGGGUCAUUUGCAUUUCCGGAGCCUUGUAAACGUCCUGGAUCAGAUAAGUCCCUCAUGUAA